CGUCACACACCACAGCCAAGGUCUACUCAAACACACAUUACGAUCUCAACGACAACGCCAAAGAUCGUGUUUAUCGUUUUAAAACGUAGUAUUUUUAGUAAUCUGCAAAAUAAAAUGGGUGUAGAAGUUGAGACAAUAGCUCCUGGUGACGGUAAGACGUUCCCCAAGAAAGGUCAAACAGCUGUUGUGCAUUAUACAGGAACUCUCACAAAUGGCAAGAAGUUUGACUCAUCCAGGGAUCGAGGGAAGCCUUUUAAAUUCAGUGUCGGAAAGGGCCAAGUCAUUCGUGGAUGGGAUGAAGGAGUAGCACAGAUGAGCAGAGGACAGCGAGCAAAGUUGACAUGCUCUCCUGACUUCGCCUAUGGGGCUCAGGGACAUCCUGGAGUUAUCCCACCCAAUGCAACUUUGAUCUUUGACGUGGAGCUUCUCGGCAUCGAGUAAGACGUUUCUUUCCUGGCGACAGUUAACUGCCCCCAUACCCCAGCUUCGUAACUCUUCACACAUAGACAAAUAAAAGUAGUUAUUGCAGUUAAAAGCAAGAUUUAAUAGUUAAUACCAAAAUACACUUUGUCUGAUAGUUCUCUGUUCUUUCUUGAACAAUCUCUGUCUUUUAUGACCCAGUUGAGGCUAACCAUCAUGACUUAUGCUUACCAUGGGCAUGUUACCAAUAAUUCAGUAACACUGCUAUCUUAAAAUAUUGGUCGUGAAGGACUGUGCGAGUGUGUGCAUGAAACCUUCAUGUGCAGUCUGUUUUCUACCCAUGUUGUAUUUACACAGUUGUAAUCAACUGCUGUGUUGGUUGUUGCUUUUGUUAUAGACCUUAUGCACAUGACGUCAUUUCAGUAGGGCGCCCUCACCUAGAGGUCAAAAGGAGGUUGCCCAUUGGC